AUGUUUGGUAAGUCAGGAGCUUUUAAACCUAGGUACGGUAAAAACAAUCAGUCGUUCCUACCUUUGCCUGCGACUUUCAAUAGGUUGAGUCAACGUCGCAAUCUACCUUUGGUUAUCACUGGGAUCCUCAUAUUAUGGUACUUUUUUGCUCCCUUUUCAAUAAUAUCAAGCCUAUUCGGUUCAUCUACGGCGCCCCACUAUCCACCGGAACACCCAUACUCCAGCAAACACACGAUUGCACAUCAGUCGAAAUUCAUAUAUCCACCAAUAGAGCAGGCAUCACUUUUGAAACAAUUGACUGCGCAAAAGCUUGUUGUUCAUCAGUCCAAAAUAGGCGACAAGACAAUCCUUGAGCCUUUAAGCGUCUUGGAUAAUCCAGAUCCCACUGUACAGAGGAUGAAAGAAAACGAUGAAAAUGGAAAAGACCAGUUCAUGAAGGCCAAAAAUGCGUUCAAGAAUCAAGAUCGGGUGGUGUUUAAACCUAAAAGCUUGAAAAACUACCCGGAAGUCGUUAUUGUUACUGCUGUCGAUUUCGACAAGUACUCGGCAGAUGGGUUGGCCAAGAUUGUUCAAAACCGUGUUGAUUAUGCCCAUUUCCAAAGAUAUGGAGUUUAUGUGCGUUGGGCUCAGGAAUUCAUUCCCCAAUUGAACUCUAUUACUGCAUUGACUGAUAAGGAAAGAUCAAAAUGGGUAAGAUUGUUUUGCACAAGUGCAGCUAUGUUUGCUUUCCCCCAUGCUAAGUGGUUUUGGUAUCUUGAUGAGGAUGGACUUAUAAUGGAUAUGACGGCCAAUGUCCAGAAGCUAUUGUUGAACUCGGACGUUUUGAACCCGCAAAUGUUGAGAGACCAGCCUUUGAUUCCUAAUACCGGUUUGAUCAAGACCUAUAAGAGUAUUAAAGCCGAAUCGGCUCAACUAAUCCUCACACAAUCGGAAAAGAAAAUUGAGACAACCUCUUUUGUCGUGAGGAAUGGUCCAGUUGGUAAAGCAAUUUUGGAGACAUGGAGUAAUGACCUCUAUUUGAAUUAUAGAAGUUUCCCCUAUGGUCCUGAUUCUGCAUUAACACAUCUCCUACAAUGGCACCCGUUUGUAUUGAGUAAAACGACAUUGGUACCAGCUAAGACUAUUUGUGCAUCACACUCUCUGAGCAUUGCCAAGGAGUACUCUUACACGGAAGGUGAUCUUGUGGUACAAUGGAAUGACUGUAAGCUGCCUGCUGAAUGCGAGGAGAUAUUAAAUGCAUACCAGCCAAAAGUGAAGAAACCAUGA